AUGGCUAUGGCCAACUCCGAGGGGUUAGUUGACACGAGUAGGGUAUCACCAGAGGCUGGUGAUGUUGAGAAACAUAGCUCCGGCAGCGCCAGCUCCAAGGAUGACACUACAGAGGAUGAGAGCAAGUUUCCUACUGGUUUGGCCUUAUGGUCUAUCCUAGCACCUGUUACAAUCGCCUACUUUCUCGUCUUCCUUGACAUGUGCGUUGUUUCUACCGCAACUCCCGCCAUCACAGCGCGGUUCAACUCUCUGGUCGACGUCGGCUGGUAUGGAGGCGCGUACCAGCUCGGAAGCUCUGCCCUGCAACCGCUCACUGGCAAGAUCUACAGCCACUUCAAUACCAAGUGGACCUUCCUCACUUUCUUCUUUAUUUUCGAACUCGGUUCUGUCAUCUGUGGAGCUGCCGUCUCGUCUCCCAUGUUCAUUGUUGGCAGAGCCAUUGCUGGUGCUGGAUCGUCGGGUAUCGGUAACGGCACCAUGACUAUCAUCUCGGUAAUCCUGCCGCGCAGGAAGCAAGCCCAGUUCCUGGGCAUGAACAUGGGUAUUGGCCAGCUCGGUAUUGCCCUGGGUCCCAUCCUUGGUGGUGCAUUCACCCAAAAUGUUACUUGGCGUUGGUGCUUCUACAUCAACCUUCCCAUUGGCGGCGCUCUGGCCAUUCUACUGUUCCUUUUCAAGAUUCCCGAGCCGGUCGCCAAGCUGCCCCCGAGACAAGUCCUCGGCACAGCUGUCAAGUCUCUGGAUCUCCCGGGUUUUAUGCUGAUCAGUCCCGCUGCUGUCAUGUUCUUGCUUGCACUGCAAUAUGGCGGUACAGUGCACCCAUGGGGUAGCUCUGUUGUCAUCGGCCUUCUGGUUGGCGCCGGUGUUACCUUCAUCCUCUUCCUGAUCUGGGAAUACCGCCAGGGAGACGGCGCCAUGGUACCGUUCGCGAUGCUUAGAAAACGCAUUGUGUGGUCUGCUGCGGGCAACUUGUUCUUCCUUCUCGGCGCGAUUUUGGUGGCCGAGUACUACCUCGCGAUUUACUUCCAAACUGUGCUUCAUAACAGUCCGAUUAUGAGCGGUGUGCACAUGCUGCCAGCGACCUUGGGAUUGGUCCUUUUCACUAUGCUGUCGGGAAUGAUGAUCGAGAUCCUAGGCUAUUACCUUCCCUGGAAUCUGGCAGGAAGCUCAAUGGCCGCUAUUGGCUAUGGACUCAUGUCUAUGAUUAAGCCAACAACUUCCUCCUCAAAAUGGCUUGGGUACCAAGUCCUCUAUGGUGUCGGUAGUGGUGCUAUGACUUCGGCACCCUAUAUAGCUAUCCAGAAUCUUGUCCCCCCUCCUCAGAUUCCUAUUGCCAUGGCCAUCAUCAUCUUUUGUCAGAAUAUGGGCGGUGCCGUCUUCCUCAUUGCUGCCAAUUCCAUCUUCACCAACGGCUUGCGCAAAGAGCUCCAGAAGAACAUCGCCGAGAUUGGCGUCAACCCGGACGUCCUCCUCAGCACCGGACUGAGUUCAAUCCGAAGCCUUGUUUCGGGCAAUAAGCUUACGGCCGCACUCAAGUGCUACACCACGGCAAUCAACCAUGUUAUGUAUCUCGGCAUUGGAGUCAGCCUCGCCACUUUUGCCUUUGGUUGGGGCUUGGGAUGGGUUGAUAUCAGGAAAGUGAAGGGACUGCAGAACAUUCAGGAAAGUCGCGUCCCGUCCGCGACGAACACCAAGGAGGAUGUGGAAUUCGAAAAAUUGACCACAAUCUAG